AUGGUCUCCCUCGCCAGGACAAUCCGGCACGCCCGCUACCUUGGCCUCAAGGAGUGGUACCGCUCAAUGUGGUACAUCGGAGAUGCCAAGAAGGGAAAGCUUGCUACUCGUCUGGACAUUGCCGGCACUGGAGAGGCGGUUUGGGCGAGACUGUCUGCUUGGACUGGCGGCCUGGAAUCUGUGCUACUCCACGGCAUCGUGUGCUUGUCCAGGACAGCGUCCCUUCUCCCACUGCUCGGCGAAGCAGCUUGGGGUGGCGAUUCCCCGCAUGCAGCUCUACACGCACAACAGCGUACGGGGGAACCACAUACUGACUGUCCAGUCGGCACCGACCAGUUCGGCAACCGUUACUUUGAGAACCUUGACGCUACCGAGGAGGUUCCCGGCCGUCACCGCUGGGUCGACUACGCCCAGCACGACUACAACGCCACUCAGGUCCCCCGCGGCUGGUCCUCGUGGCUCCACCACAUCCGUCUCCUGCCCCCUCCCGAGGACAAGGUCAUGGAGGCCUGCAAGCAGCCUUGGCAGGUGCCCUACCACGAGAACCUGACUGGUACUCGUGGCCGCUUCAUCACUUACUCCACCCAGGCCCCUAAGAUGUCCGCUUGGGAGCCCAAGGUCAAGCCCCGCGCAUAG